CCGUAAAAUAGACGUGUUUCCGCCAGUCCCGUGGGGCUCUUCCUAAACUGUCUGCAUGCAGGAUUGUUGUACUUUUCCCACGUAUAACGUGCCCCAGUACUCCAAUCCCGGUGCUUCAAUUUGAUCGUUGAUCCAUCUGGUAGCUCCUAGAAACCCCCUUCGCUAUGAUCUCCGCUGGAAGGGUAAUCUUUGCCCAAACCACAUCUGCAACCACCCUUAGACCGUUGGCCCGCAGAUAUCUGUCCAAUGCGGCAACCUCUCCAUACAGAGUCGCCAUCGUUGGUUCUGGUCCGUCUGGUUUCUACGUGAGCCACCGCUUGCUAGAAAAGUUCACAAAGGCACUAGCGGAUAGCUCUGAAGAAGCCACUCCUACCAAGGACUUACGGAUUGACAUCUUUGAAAAGCUACCUGUGCCAUACGGCCUUUCCCGUUAUGGGGUAGCACCUGACCAUCCUGAAGUGAAAAACUGCCAGGAUACCUUUGACGGGGUCAUGCAAAGCCCGCAGGUUCGUUUCUUUGGUAACGUGCAAGUCGCUUCUGCUGGAGGUGCAACAGCUGGUGUGUCUAUCGACGCCUUGAGAGACAAGUACCAUGCGGUGGUGUUCAGCUACGGGUGUGACGAAGACAACACGCUUGGAAUCGACGGGGAAGAUCAUCCGGGUGUUAUUCCAGCUCGCAAGUUUGUGGGGUGGUACAACGGUUUGCCAGAGUUCCGGUCGUUGAAUCCGCCACUAGACCAGGUAGAGAAUGUGGUUAUCGUGGGGAAUGGUAAUGUGGCGUUAGACGUUGCUAGAAUCUUGUUAGCGUCGCCUGAAAAGCACUGGGCCUCCACAGACAUCACGAGCGACAGCGUAAAGAAGUUAAUUGCUAGCACAGUGAAGAAUGUGUCUAUUGUGGCUCGCAGAGGGUAUUACGAGAGCGCCUUUACGAACAAGGAAUUUAGGGAGUUGUUGGACUUGUCCACCGCGUCGAAGCAAACAGAAAGUUUGGUCAAGUUUAACGGCAUUGACGAAUUUUUGAUUGAGAGCAUGAAACAUUUGAUUCCGCAGAUGGGUAGAGUUCACAAGAGGAGAUUGGACAUGUACCGCAAGUACCAGAAGGACCAGGAGGCUUUCAGGGCCAAGAACGGCGAGAGCAGUUUGUCUGCGGCAAAGCAGUGGUCAUUGAAAUACAUGUUGUCGCCAUUCAAAUUCAUCAGCCAUCCAACCAACCCUAUCUUGUUGCAGUCCACCAUUUGCCACCAGAACGUACUUUCGGUGCCUGUUUCGGCUGAUGAGCCGGUUCUGGUCAGGAAGACGGAAGAGACCGAGACACUCAAGUCCGAACUUGUCAUAACAUCCAUCGGGUACAAGGGCUCUCCGUUACCGGGUUUUUCGGAGAACAAUAUCUCUUUUGACGCUCAGCGGGGUGUCAUUAGAAACGUAGACGGUAGAGUCCUUGCUGCCAGUGCGAAGGCCAAUGCUGGAGAACGAUGCAUCAAGGGCUUAUACACAUCCGGGUGGAUCAAAAAUGGGCCAAAGGGGGUCAUCGCCACCACGAUGCUUGAUGCCUUCCUGGUGGGUGAUUUGAUCCUCCAUGAUUUGGCGAACGGAAGGUUAAAAACCCCCAAGGAUGAGGCUUUUGGCAGCGAGAACGCCGUUUCAGCCGACGAGUGGUACAAGAUUGAUGCCGAAGAGAAGAAAAGGGGCGAGGACUGUGGGAAGCCCAGAGAAAAGAUCGUCCUCAUCGAUGAGAUGAUGCGUGUGGCCAAGAACUAG